AUGGCACCAAAAUCACUUCUAUUGGCUCAUCAACUGCGUAAUAAGAAUGUACUUGUCAUUGGUGCUGGCGAUGUUGCAUUAACGAGGUUAAAGAAAUUGAUACCAACAGGUUGUAAAAUCACAAUAAUUGGACCGGAAUUUAAUUCGGAAUUAAAGGAAGCAUACUGUAGUCAUUGCGAUCCCAGCACAGGUAUAGAUGAUCAAUGGCAAGUAAACGGUGGUGUUUAUCGUUGUAUCCCUGAAAAGUUCCAAGAUGAUUAUCUUUCACUCUAUCAAGAUGGCGUUAAUUCAAAUUGGGCACUCAUACUAGUUUGUAUACCAGAUGGUACAAUCAGUAAACAUAUCUAUUCAUUGGGUAAGUCUAAAUUUGGUCAACAACAAUUGAUCAAUGUUGCUGACGAUAAACCGAUGUGUGACGUUUAUUUUGGUGCAAAUUGGGAAGAUGAAUCUUUACAAGUUUUGAUAAGUUCUAAUGGUGCAGGUCCAAGGUUUACCGCUUUAUUAAGAGAUGAGAUUGGUCAAAUGUUAUCUGAAUUACAUUUAAGCAAAUCUGUAGAGAACUUACAAAAGCUGAGAUCUAGCGUUCAAAUUCAUGCUAAGGGGCCUGAAUCAACAAAGUUUAGAAUGAAAUGGAUGAGCCGCUGUACUGAAUUAUUUGGAGUUCGCAAUUGUCAUCAAAUGGAUGUUAAUUCCCUUGUUAACCUGUUCCAAGAGAUGUAUUCUAAAAGGACUCUAGAUUUCCCUCCUGACACAAUCUCUAGGUACUCUAUAUAG